AGGGAAAACAGGGCAACGACAUCUGUAUUUAAACCCGAGUUUUCUCAUUCUUAUAAAUGUUAUAAAUAAAACCAAGUGAAGCCAGAGCGCAGAGCAGAGGACAGAGACGACACACCAGACACAACACACAAGACACAAGAGAAUUCAGACACGUCUACGUCUCAACAUGUCCAACUUCUCCGCUGUGCCCAUGCACUGCGCCUACACCAAGGAGACCAGGACGUCCUUCCUCUUCCUGGUCAUGAUCGUGGAAGUGGCUGUCGGUCUUCCCGGGAAUAUUUUGGCCUUGUGGAUCUUCUGUUUCCGCAUGAAAAUCUGGAAAUCUCACGCCAUUUUUCUGUUCAACUUAAUGCUCGCCGACUUCUUGCUUUUGGCUUGCGUCCCUUUCCGGAUCGACACACAUUUGCGAGGCGACCACUGGAUUUACGGAGAGAUGUUUUGCAGGGUAAACCUCUUCAUGCUAGCCGUGAACCGCUCAGCCAGCAUUGCGUUCAUGACUGUUGUGGCCCUAAAUCGCUAUUUCAAAGUUCUCCACCCUAUGAAUUGCGUUAGCUUGAUGUCUUCACGCCACGCUGUCUGGCUGUCCUCUUUGAUAUGGUUGGUGGUCAUAAUCUGCCGAGUUCCGUUGCUAACGACCAAUCUUUUACAACACCAAGGCAACCGAUCAAUGUGUCGAAGUUUUAGCUCUUACCAGAAUCCACCAUUAGCGAUAACUGUCCACUACAUUGCUUAUGUCAUCGAAUUCAUCCUUCCAUGGUUUGUGCUACUGUUUUGUUCAGCAAGAAUCAUUUGGUAUUUAAAAAGGCAGGAACAAAUUAUCCAGCAAAAGAAGUUUAAGAAAGCCAUACGAACGCUUGCCGUGAUAAAUCUGGUGUUUACAGUUUGUUUUUUGCCCGCCAUCGUCACGGGAUUGGGCAGUUUGGCAUUAAAAAGGUUCAGACCACAAGACUGUGAAGGCUUCCGAAAGAUAGUGCUGGCGUUCAUGGUCUCUAUCGGAGUGACGUAUCUGAACAGCGCUCUGGACCCCGUCAUCUACACCUUCUCCAGCUCAGUGUUCAGGACUGCUCUCAGAAAUGUUUUCAGAGAUAUGAGGAAAUGA